GGCCCGCAGAAAAGUGCGAGCCACCAAUCUAGCUAACAAAAAUCAUCCUUGCCUCUGCAACAUUAAAACAAAGAGAAGCCUCUCCUCUUGCUUCAACUAUCAUGGCUUUCUCCAUUCUAAAGCUUCUUCUCCUGCUCAUUUCUUCUGUCUUCUUCACUUCUACAUGGGCUCUCAACACAUCUUCUACAACUUCUCUAGACGCCCAUCUCUCUACAAUAAGAACUUUUUGCAAUAGCAGACCAUAUCCAGAUGCCUGCUUUAACUCGUUAAAACUUUCCAUCUCAAUAAACAUCAGUCCAAACAUCAUCAACUUGCUCCUCCAAACCCUCCAAACUGCGAUAUCUGAGGCCGGAAAACUAACCAAUCUAUUCUCAAUUGCUGGUGGUUCAAACAUCAUUGAAAGACAAAGAGGAACAAUCCAAGAUUGCUUAGAACUACAUCAAAUCACGGUCUCAUCUUUACAAAGAUCAGUUUCAAGAGUCCGUGCAGGUGAUUCUCGUAAACUAGUUGAUGCAAGGGCCUAUCUUAGUGCAGCAGUCACCAACAAGAACACUUGCUUAGAAGGCCUAGAUUCUGCUUCUGGUCCUUUGAAGCCUGCUUUAUUGAAUAGCUUGACUAGUACAUAUCAGCAUGUUACCAACUCUCUUUCAAUGCUUCCUAAGUCAAAACACAGCAAGCAGGGUUACAAAAACCGUCGCCUUUUAGGAUUUCCAAAAUGGAUGUCAAAGAAAGAUCGCCGGAUUUUGCAAAGUGAUGAAGAUGAAUAUGACCCUAGUGAAGAGCUUAUAGUAGCUGCUGAUGGCACUGGAAAUUUUAGUACCAUCACUGAUGCCAUAAACUUUGCUCCAAAUAAUAGUUAUGAUAGAAUAAUUAUUCGAGUUAGAGAAGGAGUAUAUGCGGAGAAUGUGGAAAUUCCAAUCUACAAAACCAACAUUGUUUUGCUUGGAGAUGGAACUGACGUCACUUUCAUUACUGGUAACAGAAGUGUAGUUGAUGGUUGGACUACUUUCAGAUCUGCAACUCUUGCGGUAUCUGGUGAUGGUUUUCUGGCACUGGACAUAACCAUUGACAACACAGCUGGACCAGAGAAGCACCAGGCAGUUGCCCUUCGAGUAAGUGCAGACCUAGUAGCACUCUACAGGUGCUCCAUUAAUGGCUACCAGGAUACAUUAUAUGUGCACUCAUUUCGACAAUUUUAUCGAGAGUGUGACAUAUCCGGGACCAUAGAUUACCUAUUCGGCAAUGCUGCAGUAGUCUUCCAGGCAUGUAAUAUUAUAUCCAGAAAGCCACUGCCUAACCAAUUCACAGUCAUUACUGCCCAGUCUAAAGAAACCCCAGAUGAGUAUACAGGAAUCUCGAUACAAAAUUGUUCAAUUUUGGCUACAGAAGAUUUGUACUCCAACUCAAACACUGUUAAGAGCUACCUCGGGAGGCCAUGGAAAGUUUAUUCAACGACGGUUGUUCUUGAGUCCUACAUUGAUGAUUUCAUUAAUCCAGAAGGUUGGAGCAAGUGGUCUAAUGAUGAUGAUCAAGGAUUAGACACUUUGUAUUAUGGAGAGUACGAAAAUUAUGGGCCUGGUUCUGGGACCGAAAACCGGGUUACAUGGGCAGGGUACCAUGUGAUGGAUGAUAUUGAUGCUUAUAACUUUACAGUAUCAUAUUUCAUAACUGGUGAUGAAUGGCUGGAUUCCACUUCAAUUCCUUAUUAUGAUGGGAUUCAAAGCUAGUUUUGAUGCAUUUGUAUGACUUGAUAUAAGAAAGAAAAAGAAGAAAAAUAUGUUAAUAGUAUAGUAUUUUAUUUUACAUGUUACACAUGAA